GCAUUGCCUGCGAGAAGAGAGAAGCGUUUGCUUUCUUCUCAUUGACGGCUAGAAUCAAGGCUGAUGACCAACGAGACUUGAUGUAGCAUUUUUAGGAAUUCUGCUUUCGUCUGUACAUAAAAAACUGACUGGGAUGGUAUUAUGGACACGGACAAUGAUCAAGAGGGAGAGACACAGGGAGUCAAGAUUUGUGGUCCACCCUUAGAAGUUAACACAGCAGCAGCAGACACCUUGGCAACCUCACUUUCGCUUUUGGGUAAUCACAUGUUUCCAGAUGUAGUGGCCAGGAAGGCGGCCCGUGAAGAUGAACGGGCACAAGAUGUCCCAGAAGAACCCCCUCAGGACACAGAAGGCUCACUUUCUCUCCAAGCAACCGAGCCAGAAAGUCAGGAGCAUCAGGACGACGUGGCGGACGGCACCCAAAGUGACUCUGGAGAGUUUGUUGUAACUGUCCUGGCCAAGGCCAAGUUGGAGGAGCAAGGCCUCGGCGUGAAGGGUCACUCGUCACCACUGUUGGAGGUGGGAAUCCAGGAAUCUCCGCCGGCCGCCCACGGCGGGUCCCACCGAGACGAAGAUGUGACGGCAGAAAGCUGGCGGCGGCACAGGAAGCACAUUUUUGUGCUGAGCGAAGCCGGAAAGCCCAUCUAUUCACGCUAUGGCAGCGAAGAAGCUCUGUCGUCUACGAUGGGUGUCAUGAUGGCACUGGUGUCCUUUGUGCAAAGUGGAGAUAACAACAUACGCUCCGUCUACUCAGAGGAGCACACAGUGGUCUUCCUCCAAAAAGGCCCCCUCGUAUUGGUAUGCGUAUCCAGCAGCCGACAGUCGGAGCAGCAGCUGCGCAGCGAGCUCCUCUACGUCUACUACCAGAUCAUCAGCAUGCUCACGCAGGCCAGCAUCUCACGAAUCUUUGAACAUAAGAAGAACUACGACCUGCGGCGGCUGCUGGCAGGCUCGGAGAAGAUCCUGGACGGCCUCCUGGACUUGAUGGACUCCGACCCCAGCUUCCUUUUGACGGCCGUGCAUUGCCUGCCGCUCGCCUCCUCCCUCAGGGACUCCCUCAGCCAGAUCUUGCAGAAGGCCAUCACCCCCAACCUGGUCUUCUCUAUCCUCAUUGCCAAGAACCAGCUGCUGACCGUGGUGCAGGAGAGGGCGGUCAUUGAGGACGCCCGUCUGGAGCCCGCCGACAUCCACCUGCUGCUCAACCUCAUCGGCGCCUCCUCCGCUUUCCAGGCCGGCGAGAUCUGGACGCCGAUCUGCCUUCCGCUCUUCAACCCCGACUGUUACUUCUACACAUACAUUUCGUACCUGGACCCGCCCGAGUGCACCGUGUGCCUGCUGCUGCUCUCCACCGACAAGGAGGCCUUCUACGCAGUGGCUGAGUGCAAGCGGCGCAUCGAGGAGGCCAUGGCAGCGCAAGGCUCGCUGGGCCUCAUCGCCAAGGCGCAAACGUACAGUGUGAGCCAGGUCGGUGUCGCUGACCUCAGGCACUUCAUGUACAAGCCCUUCGACGUGCCCGACAACCACCGCCAGCUCACACAGUUCACCAGCCCCGAGAUGGAAGCCCCAUACCACACAGAGGAGGAGAAAAUGAGGCUGCUGGACCUUUACCGUUACAUGCACGGCCGCAUCCACAGCAACUCUCGACCCCUUAAGCUCAUCUACCACGUAGCCGAGAGGGAAACUCUGUUGGCGUGGGUGACAAGUAAGUUUGAGCUGUACACGUGCUUCAGUCCACUGGUAACCAAGGCGUGCGCCAUCACCGUCAUCACCAAGCUCCUCCGCUGGAUCAAGAAGGAGGAGGAGCGCCUCUUCAUCAGGUACCCACCCAAGUACUCGACCACGCCCAACCCCGCCAAGAGCUCGCGGGGGGCCAAAGCGGAACAGACAGAUUCGUCCGACAAUGGCUUCCUGUCCUUGCUUUGAGGGCACCCAUCGAAAGCUACAUUUUGACACCCACCGGCACAGGACACAAAAGCAGAGGUAGGAACACCUUGUAAUUUUUCAGCCAGAAGCGGCGGUGGACAGAGCUAUUUAAGUGGUUUUACUUUAGUUUUAUCAAACUAUGAAUGUAUCACGCGGGAGACUUCUGUACCAGGAUUAUGCAAGCGGAGAUGGACAAAUCGGAACGUCCUUGCAAUAAAACCUCAGAGCCCUAAAAACAUUUAACCCACAAUAGAAUGAUCAUGAUAAUAAUGAACUGAUUGUUUAUUUGUUUUUCAUCACUUUAGUACAGCCCUCAGAAAACUUGAGGGAAUUGGGGUCACAUAUAAAAUUAUAUCACGAGAAUGAAAAAUGAACCUCGAAGCAUAGUUGCCCAAGUCCUAUUUGACGAUCUUUGGGGGGAGGGGGGAGACAACAAAUUUAAUAAGAAGAAUCCGGUUGCCUCGAUUCAAACUUUGUAGAUUAACAUGACAUGGAUGAAUGACAAUCUACACAAAACUCAAGAAAAAAACAAAAUGUUUAGGAGCUACAUUGGUAUUCGUCAUGAUGUUGUGAAAGUAAGUUAAACAUGACUUUUGGAACUUUGUAAAUAGGCUAAUGAUACAUUUUCCAGAUAAAACGUAUUUUUGCAAAAACUAAUGUAUUAUUUUAGGAAGUUUUUUUUCCAACAAGUGGGUUUUUUUCUGAAUAUUUUUCUCUACUGGUCUUCUUUUCAAUAUUUAUUUUUUUGAAACGAAACCUUUUUUGGAGGGCAAGUUGUAAUCUUAUAAGAAUAAAGAUAAAAAGUCAAAUUUU